AUGAAUUCCAAAGCAGAGCCCGAAGAAACUUGGAGAUUGCUUUCAACUACACUUUGCUGCCAUCAGGUCCCCAAUAUAAAAGAACACGCACAAUAUAUAUUAGCCAGUAAGGUUCUUGAUAUGGAAGAGCCUGUGCAGAAAGAGAAUUGGGAAGAAAUAAGAAAGCAUAUUAGUUUGGUUUUAGAGGAGCUCCAUGAGAGAAACAUCGAGGAGAGUUUUAGAAAGUUGUUCCAAAUAAACAUCUUACGCGGAAAGGGCAUUCUUGCCCUAGAGUUAUUGAAUAGACAAGUAAAAACUGAUAGAAGUGUAGUUUUUGCCGCACUGAUAGCGUUCUUUGAAGUGCUCGUGCCAUCUAUUGGUUACUUAAUAUCUAAAGAGACGUUAUUAAGAUUUGUUCAUGCUUACAGGAGGAAGAAUUGGGAAGCUUGUUACGCAAUGCUAUCUCUGGCAUGCCAGUUAAGUAAUAAUGAUGUUAUGCAUGAGAUCGGUAUUUUGCAGCUGGUCUUUUUAUUGUUUGAGAGCCCAAAUGAUAGAUCCUUGGACAUGAUUUCUUUUAUUAUGACCCUCUCUGGGUACCAUCUAUUAGAGGUCAGUAAGACAACUCAUAAUGAGAUACUUCAGAAGCUGAGGGAUCUUCUACAAGUGGGUAACCUCAGUAAGUCAAGCAGCGAUGUUAUUCAAGACUUGUUGUAUUUUCGAAGAACUGGCUAUAAAGGCGUUAAGAAGGUAAUAGAGUUGCAUGGGCAAGACUCGAAUACCCAUAGAAUUGUUCUUGAUCUCGAAAAUCCAGCAAAACUACAACCCAGCUCAAGAUUAGAUGAGUUUCAAUUUGAUGAGGAUUUCUUUGGCACUGAGGAAAAGUUUAGUGAUCUAAGAAAGAAAGCCAUGUUGCAACUUAGCCAACAAGUGGAAGAUAUGGAGGUGGUUACUGAUAUGACAAAUUCAGAUAGCACUGAGUAUAGGAAGAAGAUAUAUUUGAUCCUGAAAGCGUCUCUUUCCGGAGAUGAAGCAGCCCAUAAAUUAUUAAAACUUCGUCCUAAAUCAGAUGAGAAGCUUGUUUUGCUGGACAUCCUGGUAAAGACUUGUUCGCAAGAACAAACAUAUUCGAAGUUUUAUGGGACUGCUGCUGAGAAACUUCGCGCAAGUCAUCAUAGUUGGGAAGCUGCUUUUCAACAAACCUUUAAGCAAAUAUAUGAGUCUAUAGGGGAUUUUGAACCUAAUCAGCUGCGAAAUAUGGGGAAAUUUUGGGGUCACCUUUUAGCAACCGAUCACCUUGGCUAUGAGCUAUUUCAGUGGGUCCAGUUAAAUGAACGAGAUACAAAUGCAGCCGGUAGAGUUUACUUGAAAUUCAUUUUCCAAGAGCUUGUAGCCGAUUUAGGUGUUCAAGAAGUGCAAAGAAGAUUUAACGAGAAAUAUAUUCAGCCAUUUAUUGCAGGCAUAUUCCCAUUAGAUGGCUCUGAAGACACCAUAUUCUCUAUCAACUACUUCACUGCCAUUGGACUUGGAGCCUUGACGGAAAACAUGAGAAAGAUUAUAGACAAUAAAAAAAUCCAAACUACACCCGAAGCUGGUGACACGGCACGUCUGAAGAACAGUUCCGAAGAUUCCUUGAAACUGUCGAGGAGGAGAUCUGCUUCUCCAAUACAAGGCACUAGGUCGAUUACUCCGCCACGCGCCGUUGGAGAUCGGCAUCAUUCACGUUUCAGGAGCAGAAGCCCACUAAGAAACCGUCAACCACAACGUCAAUCAUAG